AUGCUCUCGACAUUGAAUCAUACUUCUCCGUGUUUGAGUGUCGUUACCAAGGGUGCUCUUGGAGCGUCGCGAAACGCUCUUGCUGCCUCCUUACCCCGACAUUUCGCCGGUAAGGCUUCUCCUAGUGGUGGUGAAUGGCAGACUAUGGAUGGUUGCACUGCUGUGUGCCAUGUGUCUUAUGCUAUGAUGGAAACCGCCUACAUUUACCCUAUUACCCCCUCGUCCCCUGCUGCUGAGCUUGCUGAGCAGUGGUCAGCGCUCGGUGUGAAGAAUGUGUUCGGUGAUAUCCCCAAGAUAACUCAGAUGCAGUCUGAAGCCGGUGCUGCCGGUGCCCUCCACGGUGNNNNUAUUUGCUCUAUGUCGUGCCCUCACGCUUGCAUCAGACCCUUCUUGUUGUCCCAAGCUGAGGAUGAUGCCAAGCCGAGUACCUUUGAUAGUCGUAAAGCCAAGGGUGGUGCCGAGGUUGCCGGUCUUCACUACAGGAUCCAGGUCUCGCCCUUGGAUUGCACUGGUUGUGAGACCUGUGUUAACGCAUGCCCCUAUGAUGCUUUAAGAAUGGAGCAUUUGGCUGAUUUCGAGGAUAUCGAAAAGCCAAACUGGGAGUAUGCUGUAAGUCUCCCCGAUCGAUCUUCAAGGUUUGAUAAAACCACCCUUAAGGGAAGUCAGUUCUACCAGCCUUUAUUAGAGUUCCAUGGUGCUUGUGCUGGCUGUGGUGAAACUCCCUAUGUUCGCCUUCUCACUCAAAUGUUCGGUGACCGCAUGGUGAUUGCUAAUGCUACCGGUUGCUCCAGUAUCUGGGGUGCUCCUUACGGUCCCACUCCUUUCACUACGAGAUACGAUGGGACUGGUCCCGCCUGGGCAAACAGUCUUUUCGAAGACGCUGCAGAAUAUGGUAUGGGUAUGGCUGUGACCACCUCUGUCCGUCGUAAGGCGCUCAAGGCUCGUGUACAGGAACUUCUUCUCGAAGGAAAGGAUAGUCCGCUCUCGCCUGAGUUGUACACUCAGUUGAACGAGUGGGUUGAGAACUUCAGGAAUCCUUCUGUGUGCGCCGCUCUUUCCAAGUCUCUCCCGCCUCUUCUCAAGGCUGAGGCCAGUAAGGAUCCUGCUAUUCAGGAGAUUCUUGAUGUGUCCGAUUUGAUUCCUAAGAUCUCUAACUGGAUCAUCGGUGGUGAUGGUUGGGGUUAUGAUAUCGGUUAUGGUGGACUCGAUCACGUCAUUGCUUCCGGCCAGGACUUGAACGUCUUGGUUUUGGAUACUGAGUGCCAGUGUGGUGGAAAACUGGG